AUGGCUGUUCCGGACGGCGCUCGCUUUGACUUCAUCGUGGUUGGCGGUGGCACAGCAGGCAAUAUUGUUGCCUGCCGCCUUGCGGAAAACCCUAAUGCCCGAAUUCUGGUGGUCGAAGCCGGUAUUGGCAGCUCCAAGGAUAACGAGGAGAUCCGGACUCCCGGUCUCGCAAUGGAGAUCCGUGGCAGCCAAUACGACUGGGCUUACAAGACCACCAUGGUGAAGCGUGACGACUAUGAGCGGAUCGAGAAGCCUAAUACCCGUGGAAAGGCCCUUGGCGGCAGUUCAUCCCUGAAUUAUUUCUCCUGGGUGCCUGGUUCGAAGGGUACUUUCGAUAUGUGGGAAGAGUACGGCGGGAAGGAGUGGACGUGGGACCCUCUGGUGCCCUAUCUUCGGAAGAGUGUGACUUACCACGAUGAUGCGGGCUUGUACCCCCCGGAACUCAAGAAAAUCGGCAGCGGGGGUCCAAUCCCGAUUGCUCAUGCGGAUCUUAUCCCGGAAAUGAAAGGUUUCCGGGACCUCCUGACCACAGCCUGGAAAUCUACCGGCCAACCCCUCACCGAGAAUAUAUUUGAUGGGGAGAUGCUUGGCCUGGCACACAGUGUCAACACUAUCUAUAAGGGCCGUCGCUCAGGUAGCUUCCUCGCCGUCGCGGAUAAGCAGAACAUCACUAUCCUUCCCGAGGUGCACUCAAAGCGUCUAAUUAUUGAUGAUGCUGAUCGCACUGCCAAGGGUGUGACGGUGAUCACAGGUACUGGACAAGAACUUAGCUUUUAUGCCACCCGUGAAGUUAUCGUCUCUCAGGGUGUUUUUGAAACCCCGAAGCUCCUGAUGCUUAGUGGCAUUGGACCAGCUCCUGAGCUAGCGAAGCAUAAUAUCCCUGUGAUUGUCGACUCGCGCCAUGUUGGCCAGCACCUGUUGGAUCACCCUGGUGUCCCCUUCGUGCUUCGUCUGAAGGAUAGCUUCUCAAUGGAUAGUCACGUUUUGCGCAAGGGUCCUCUGCAGAACCAAGUUUUGGCAGCUUAUUCCAAGGGCCAUGCUGGCCCUAUGGGAUCGCCCUUCCUCGAGAUGAUCGGUUUCCCUCGCAUCGACAAGUACUUGGAGAAGUCCCCCGAGUACCGCCAGGCCAAGGCUGCUAAUGAUGGCCGCGACCCAUUCUGUCCGUAUGGCCAACCUCAUUUUGAGCUUGACUUUAUUCCUCUUUUUGGUAGUGCCUUCCAGUGGCACUUUCCACACCCUAAGAAAGGAAGCUAUAUGACCGUCAUGGUGGAUCUUGUGCGUCCCGUUUCUGAGGGUGGUGAGGUUACAUUGAACAGCGCCGAUCCCCUGCAGCAGGCCAACAUUAAUUUGAAUUAUUUCAAUAAUGACCUUGAUAUUAUUGCCAUUCGCGAAGGAAUUCGAUUCGCCUACGAUGUUCUCAAGAAUGGCGAAGGAUUCAAGGAUAUUGUCGAGGACGAGUAUCCUUGGGAGAUGCCGCUGGAAGACGACGAAGCGAUGAAGAGAACUGUCUUGGAUCGUUCUCAGACCUCCUUCCACCCUUGUGGUACUGCCCGUCUGUCCAAGAACGUCCAACAAGGUGUAGUGGACCCCAGUCUGAAGGUCCACGGAAUCAAGAACCUCCGUGUGAUUGAUGCUUCUGUCAUCCCUGUGAUUCCGGAUUGCCGGAUUCAAAACUCGGUUUACAUGGUGGCGGAGAAAGGCGCCGAUGCUAUCAAGCGUGAGCAUGGAGACCUUUACCAUUAG